GUUCUAUGGUUGGCUUCUUGGGCAGCAGAUCCGGUCUCAGGGAGCGGAGGUCUCGGAGGAGAAAACUUUAUUUCUUCGCUGCACGGCGUCCGGAACUAAAGUCUUACUCGUGACCGACCCGGCGGUGGGAAGAGUUAGAGGAACGGACAAGACGGGGAGGGUGGCCGCGAGGCUUCAGUGAUAGCGCCGGAAGUACGGUGCUGGGAAGGAUCUGACUCUGGCCGACCAGCGUCGUCCCCUUCGCCUACUGGCUUGUAGGAGUACGGUGGGAACCAGAGGCGCAGCAGACGUGAGUCCAAGCCGACGCCACCGUCGUGACCGCCGUAAAAGGCUCCUCCCCAUCUUCAAAUCGGUCCUGGGUUCUGAGCCUGCCAUCCAAGAAAUUCAGGAGGAGAAACUGACAGUCUCUGCCUCCCUCACCCGCCCAGAACUGGAUCCAGCAUGUCUCAGGCCACCAAGAGGAAGCAUGUGGUGAAGGAGGUGCUGGGGGAGCACAUGGUGCCCUCUGACCAGCAGCAGAUCGUGAGAGUACUCAGGACCCCGGGGAACAAUUUGCAUGAGGUAGAGACAGCCCAAGGGCAGCGCUUCCUGGUGAGCAUGCCCUCCAAAUACCGCAAGAACAUCUGGAUCAAGAGAGGGGACUUUCUCAUUGUUGACCCUAUUGAAGAGGGAGAAAAGGUGAAAGCUGAGAUCUCCUUUGUGCUCUGCAAAGACCAUGUGCGCUCUCUGCAAAAAAAGGGGCUCUGGCCUGAGGCCUUCUCUGAAGUGGCUGAGAAACACAACAGGAACAGACAGACUCAGCCGGAACUCCCAGCUGAUCCACAGUCAUCAGAAGAAUCCAGCUCUGAAGAUGAUUCUGACCUCUUUGUUAACACCAACCGCAGACAGUAUCACGAGAGUGAGGAGGAGAGUGAAGAAGAGGAGGCAGCCUGAGACCCUGGACCCACUUCUCCUCUUGCUCUGAGACCAGUUCUUGUUUCCUCUGAGCUUGGACAUUCCCAGGGUGCUCUGCAUAUCUUUCCGCCUGGAUGGGACAAGGCAGGGCCCCUCUCUGAACUGACCUUCUGAUCUAGGAGAAUUAAACCCCUGGUGGGUUGGUGACUUGUA